AUGGGUCCUUUAGCGUUGGCCGUUGAUGCAAAAACCUCUUCCAAACCCUCUUUCGAUGCAACCACUAUGAAAAUGCAAAAAUGUUCUAAGCCUUUUGCAUCAAUCAAUGCUAAAGAAGAUACACCAUUUGAUUUCUUGCGUAUUUUAUUGGAGGGAGUUAUAGCAGGAGGUACAGCUGGUUUUGUUGUUGAAACUGCGUUGUAUCCUAUUGAUACCAUAAAGACAAGGCUUCAGGCAGCGGCUCGUGGUGGUGGAAAAAUACUGUGGAAGGGUCUUUAUUCUGGAUUGGCUGGAAAUCUAGCUGGUGUCUUACCAGCUUCUGCAUUAUUUGUUGGAGUAUAUGAGCCUACCAAGCAGAAAUUGCUGAAGAUGUUUCCUGAAAAUCUUAGUGCUGUAGCUCAUCUGACUGCAGGUGCCGUGGGAGGGAUUGCUGCUUCUCUCAUUCGUGUUCCAACAGAGGUCGUUAAGCAAAGGAUGCAGACGGGCCAAUUCACCUCAGCCCCUGAUGCUGUCCGGCUUAUUGUCUCCAAGGAAGGUUUUAAGGGUUUUUAUGCGGGAUAUGGAUCUUUCUUGCUGCGUGAUUUGCCAUUUGAUGCAAUUCAAUUCUGCAUCUAUGAGCAGCUACGGAUUGGUUAUAGAGUGGCGGCACGAAGAGAGUUGAACGAUCCUGAGAAUGCAAUGAUUGGUGCUUUUGCUGCUCCUGAUUGGCAUGGGUUGAGAUGGAAAACUGCUGGUGAACGGUGCACUAACUGGAGCCAUAACCACCCCCUUGAUGUGAUCAAGACAAGGUUAAUGGUUCAGGGAUCAGCUAACCAGUACAAAGGCAUCGUUGACUGUGUUUCAAGUGUUGUAAGGGAAGAAGGACCCACUGCUCUUCUAAAGGAGAGAGGAGAUAUUGUGGUUAGAAAUGAGCGCUGGUAUAGGCCCGAGAGUACUGUGGAUAGGCAUUGGCGGUUCCAUCUUCUUUGGUGUCUUGGAAAGCACAAAGCGAUUGCUUGCGGAGAGGCGUCCAAUAUCCAACCUACACCAAAACCCAAAGCAGGAUUAAUUGAAGUUUAA